UCUGCACAUCCUCAACGUCUGCCAGGAGAGAAAAUCGAAUUUCACUUCUCCACAGACCUUCCCCUCCACAGCCCGAACACCACAUUUGGAGGCGCGCCUUGCUACCUUCUCUCGCUCCGAAAGCGUGCUUCCAAUUGCUCCUUACUCUUCUAACUCAAUUGCAUUGCUCUCACACCUCCCCUCCCGUUCUCCGUCAAGCUUUGCGCAGCGCACUUGCUUAUCGCGACUUCAAUCCGAUUACAACCUCCAACAAUGGCUGCACCCCAAACCACCCAGCAGAAGCUCCCUACGGGCCUCGCUGGAGUUCUUAACAAGCCCGAUGAACAUCGAGACAGUGCUUAUUACUCUGUUGGUAACAACUCGACUCAAUCGCAAGGCGGACUGCCUCCUGUCGAGUCUCUCAUCGGCCGCGCCGACUCCUCCUCCGCCACAGAUAAUACCCCAUCGCCGGUAUCUACAGGACAUUUGACCCAUGCUUUAAGUUCUCCGACCUCGGGGGCCAUGAGUGUUGCCUCAAUCGUCUCCCCGUCUUCCUACAACCCGAACUACGGCUUCCCCACGCAGCACGAGGUACAUGGUGGCAUGAAUGCGAAUCCAACCAAUGAUUCUCGCCGUGCUUCGGUCAACUCGACUCUUGGUAUCAACUUCAACGACAUGAGACUGGCCAAUUCACCAUAUGCCUCGGCGAACCAAUCCACCACCUCGCUGCAGAGCUCCCUGGCCCAACAGCGGAACCCUGGUUCAACUCAUCCAGAUCGCAACUCUGGUCCGUUUCGCUUGAGCAAUGGCUAUCAACCUACUUUCCAACGAUUGCCUCAGGGUGAUGGUAUUAGUGCCUCGCGCACUGCUCCCCUGAUCACAGGUCCUGCUGUUGGUGCCAUUGCACGUGCUCCUGAACCAACCAAGGGACAGGCAUGGGCAUUCCCCGAGGAGGAGGUUCGCCAAUUGCCCUCUGCUGCUCGUCCCAGUGAGGAGCUUGGAAAUCGUCAUGGUACCUCAUUCUAUGAUGAUUCUCGUCGCAAUUCCUUCGCCGAUUCGGUUGCUUCAAGCCAAUUUACGACCGAGUCUCGCGCUCUUCCUCCUGGACAACGCCGCCUCGAGGAUGGAAUGCCGCCUGACUUCGGCCCAGCUCGUGCAUCCCGUGCGUCCUCCGAAUACCAAGUCUCGACUCAUCACCACAGCCUGCAGCAUCGCCAGAUUGGCGAACUUCAAAAUGGUGAGGGCGGUUCCCCGACGAGCUCUCAGCCAUACUCGCGUACCCCCGAGUUGCGCGUCUCGCACAAGCUAGCCGAGCGUAAGCGCCGCAUGGAGAUGAAGGACCUGUUCGACCACCUGCGUGACUGUCAAGCCCCCGACCGGGGUGCAAAGGCAUCCAAGUGGGAGAUUCUGACCAAGGCUAUUGCUGAGCAUAACCGUCAGAGGCAAGUGAUUGAGGAUCAGAAGCGUGCUAUCAAUCGUCUUGAGACCCAGAAUCGCCGCUUGGAGCAGGAUCUUGACGGUACUCGCCAAGAGAUGCAGAAUGUUCGCUUGGAAAAUCUCCAGCUUCGUACUGAUAUUCACGUCCUCCAAAACCCCGAGGGCCACGGCCCCGUCAUCCGCGCCUUUCCGGAGCCAGCCCCUGCUCAUUCUCAUGCUCCAGGCUACCGUGUCCAGUCCGAGCAGUUGCCCCCGCUCCGCAACAUCCCCAACGAUGGCAUGAACGGUGUCCAAUACAGCAACGACCAGCGCAAUGCUGCUUCACGCGGAUCAUACAUCUGAUCUUCGUGGCCAUCACUCCAAUACUUGACCCUUGUCAACGUUGUCACGAUUAAGCUUUCCUUUCUUUCGACACAAAAUACAUUAUACAUUACCGCCGCUCUCGCAUUGCCGAUAAGUGGCCCUACGUGAUACGAUACACCGCGGCACAGCCGGAGCAACCAUCACUUGCUUUGCAUCAGACUACUCGUGGCCUGCACUUACGACACUGGGAAA